AUGAAACGAAUUUUCAACAUCAUUCUAUUACUUUUCAUCAUCUUUAUUGAUAUAUCGCUAUGUGUCAAACGGCUUCGUAAACAAUCAGUUACAUCUCAAGAAGAUGCAUUAUCUUGGCUUAAUAAAUAUGGUUAUAAUCCAUGUUUAAAUUCAACUGUUCAAUGUAGUUUAAGUCUUUCAAGUUUAUUACGAGAUUAUCAAAAACGUUUUCAUUUAAAAAUAAGUGGAAAAUUAGACGAUUCAACUAAAGAACAUAUGAAUCGACCACGUUGUGGAAUUCCAGAUAAAUCAAUAGCUGAAAUUAAUGCUGCACUUCUAUCAAGUAAAUGGUCACGUUCAUCAUUAACAUAUUCAAUACGUGGUUAUCCAACACAAAUAAGUGAAACACAAACAACAAAUAUUAUACGUGAAGCAUUUCAAGCUUGGCUCGAUCAUGUUCCAUUAAAAAUUGAACCUGUUUGUUCAACAUGUCAAGCAGAUUUUGUUCUUGAUUUUCUACGUGAACAACAUACAGAUCGGUAUCCAUUCGAUGGAGUUGGUGGAACAUUGGCACAUGCAUUUUUUCCUGAAGAUGGUCGAAUACAUUUUGAUAAAGAUGAAGCAUGGACAGAAAGUUUCAAUGGUUACGAUACAAAUUUAUAUUUGGUAGCCGUUCAUGAAAUUGGUCAUGCACUUGGCUUAGAUCAUAAAUAUGAUGAGAAAUCUAUCAUGUAUCCAUCUUAUCAACUAAUGUCAAAAUCAAAAAUUCUUCCACAAACUGAUCGUGAUGACAUUCAAGCUCUAUACAGUAAAACACAACCAUAUGGGACACCACCAACAACAAGAUCAACAACAACAAGAUCGACAACAACAACUACAACAUCAACGAGAAAAAAUUAUAUUACUACAAGAAGUCCUGUUACAAGUCCUUCUGGAAAAUUACAUACACGUUGUCGUCUCUUUCUUGAUGCUGCUUUCAGUCAUCCUGAUGGUACAUUCCAUACAUUCAAUGCUGGUGUACUUUGGCGUUAUUUACCCAAUGAAAAUACAUGGGAAAAUCAACCAACAAUCGAAAAAACUUAUCCAAAAUUACCAAAUAAACUAAGAGCAGGUGUAUAUAAUAGUCGAAAACAAGAAAUUAUAUUUUUUACAGAUAAAAAUGUUUAUCGUUAUGAUGUUGAUAAUCGAGAUCGUAUCCAAUAUCGAAGUGAACAAAAUCUUCCAAGAAAUUUACAAAAUUCAAUUGUUGGUGCUAUUUAUUAUCGUAGUGAAAUUUAUAUAAUUACAUCAAAAACAAUACGUUUAUUUGAAUUAGGUAAUAGGUAUCAACAAUCUAAUGAUCAAGCUUUAAGUGAAGAAUUUCCACGUUUUACUGGUACAGUUGAAACUGCAUUUAGUUAUGGAAAUUUACAUCAUUUUUUUACAACUAAACGACGUGUUUUUGUUUGGAGUGAACGAUUAAAUUCAUGGCAAACAUUUGAUGAACCUAUGGAAACAAGUUGGUUUGCCUGUACAAGUACUAAUACAUACAAUCCAAGAUUUAUUCCAGUAGAACAACCAGCUGAAACACCUCGUCAUCGAAGUCCUUAUGGUCAUCGUCACCAUGACCAUCAUCGUCACCGUCACCGUGACCACGAUCAUUAUAAUUAG